AUGCCGCAACGCAAGGCCCCCGCUACGAGUUUCCGCAUGUCUAGCCGAUCUUCGGGGUCCCCGGAUGAUUCUCUCCGGUGUGGUGGUCAGGUACUCUCCAGUAUGGUUGGUGCUGGCACAGGGCUGCAGCCGCCUCGGUACAAACUUAAGCGACGACUCAUAUUUCAAAAAUUCGAGGUGACUGGACUACCCGACUAUGGAAUUAUUCGCAGCCCACCUGCACCCCCCUCUUUUGCCCCGCCAGUCCCUCCAUGCUCAACUCUUCCUUCUUCAUUGGGACUCGCCGACAGCACUCGAGAACACAUUGGCUUGACGUCAAAUUCUUUCCAGCUCCCCACAGCUGCAGGCACAUCUCCUUCACCCCAGGACCUUCAGCCUCGUCCAAAUUUCCAGCCCAAAUUCUCUACAUCUCCAAAUCCCAGUUCCAACACCACAGGUCGAAUGCGCUGAGAAGAACAACACAUAACGGUACCAGCAUAUCGCUUCGUGAACGAAUUGCCGAUCGCAUAUCCAGGUUGGUACCGGGGGAGUUGACUCGGACGAUUUGUGCCAGUCCGCCAAAACCACUUUAUCCCAACACAAUGAAGUGUUGGCUACAAAUCUUCAGCACGCCUACGGCAGAUACGCCUGGUACCUCGAUCGUUCUUCACUUCGACCAGAAGAGAUACCUCAUCGGAAAUGUGGGAGAGGGCACACAAAGAGCUACAGUGCAGAGGAAGGUAGGUCUACAGAAGGUCGGGAAUAUAUUCUUAACUGGCGUGGUGGGAUGGGAUACAGUUGGUGGCCUACUUGGAAUGAUCCUUACAGUUGCGGAUGUUGUGAGCGCGCGGAACGAAAAUAUUGCUCACCUAGACGCGAAGAAGAAGAAGGUGCCUGCGGAAAAGGCCUGGAUGAGUAUUCAUGGAGGAAAGAAUUUAAACCAUCUUCUUGCCACUGCUCGGUGUUUUAUCUUCAGAAAGGGAAUGCCACUUCGUGCCACAGAAUUCAGAUCGAGAGACGAGACGCAACGAAAGAAUUGGGAUCCUACAUAUGAAGAUGAUUGCAUAAAGGUAUGGGAUAUGGUCAUAGACCCAGAAAAUGGCAGUGCCAGGAAAAGAAGUCACGACGAAUUCUCUGAUACCGUUCCUGAAGCAUCAUCCGACUCGACACUCAAUGCAGAAGAAAGAGCCGACAGAGAUGAACGGUAUGAUCGGUUAAGACAAUCUGUCGUCCACGAUAUGUUUGACUCAGACUGGCGUAUGGAUGCUCUUGUUCAAAAAAAGCUUUCUGAGGUUGCUUUGCCUGCCACCAUCUUUAUCAGGAAAGAUGGGAAAAUAGAAAAGUAUACUGGUCCAAUGCCAGGUAGCGGAGUUGAGUGGUCUGACGUCGACGUCCUGGUACGAAAUCCAUGGCCCGGGGCUAUGAUUGAUGAACUUCCCCCAACCCAACCAUCCGCUAGUUCAGUCUGUUAUAUCAUCAAAGGUCAUCCCCAGAGGGGCAAGUUUGAUGCACCAGCAGCACUAAAGCUGGGUGUAAAGAAAGGACCAUCUUUCAGAGAUUUAACCAUGGGGAAAAGUGUUACAACGGAGGAUGGAAAGGUUGUUACUCCAGAGAUGGUUAUGGGUCCUACCAGGGAAAGUUCUGGGUUUGCAAUUAUAGAGCUACCAACUACAGCCUACGUUGGCCCCUUAAUUGAUCGGCCAGAAUGGUCAUCGAAUGAGGUUAUGAAUGAAGUCAAGGCUGCUAUUUGGAUUCUUGGACCUGGUGUUACAGAAGAUACCAGGUUACAGGAAUUCAUGAAAAAACAAAAGGGUAUGAAGCAUAUUGUAUCUUCCAAGGAUUGUUGUCCAAACUACCUCGCCAUGGAGUCACCUGCAACUUCUGCCAUCAAAUUGAGUCUCAUUGAUUCGGAUCGUUUUCCAAUACCCAAAUUCAAGAACACGGUUGAGCAGCCAUUGGAAGGCCCAAAACCAUUCGAGGCCGCACGACCAGGCUUGAUCUUUGAUAUCGAACCUCGUUUCCAAGAACGCGAUGAUCAAGUGGUGCCUCUUCUCAAUACUAUCAAAGUUGUAGAAGAAGCUCGUGACAACAAGGAGGUUAUGGAUCUAGCAAAGAUUGCCCAAACACAAGUCAGUGCGGAGGAUUAUCAAAACAAACUGGACGAGAGACAGAGAGAUAUUCCCAGCAAAGACGCUGAAAUCGUGACUUUGGGCACGGGAUCAGCCGUACCGUCAAAGUAUAGAAACGUAUCGGCAACCCUACUUCGCGUUCCAGGGUAUGGUACGUAUCUUUUUGAUUGCGGUGAAAAUACACUUGGACAAUUAAAGAGAGUAUUUGGCGAUGAGCUCCCAGACGUAUUACGCGAUCUGAAAGCCAUUUGGAUCAGCCAUCUUCACGCCGAUCACCACUUGGGAACUGCUGCAGUGAUCAAAGCAUGGGCAGCAGAGACUUCAAAAGACGAUCUGACGAAAAACAAUCGGCUUCAUGUAGUGGCUCAUGAUAGCAUGACCAAGUGGCUGCGGGAAUAUUCCGAAGUAGAAGACUUUGGGUACUCGAGGGUCUCGCCUAUGAUGAUUUCUCAGCUCAAACAACGGUUUCACAGUUUCAAUCAUACCUUUGCUCCAGAGGAGGUGAAAGAGCUUGGCAUUGCAUCUAUUCAAGCCGUCGCAGUUCAACAUUGCAACGGCGCCGCCGCAGUAGUAUUCAACUUCCCCAACGGCUUCAAAGUCGCCUACUCAGGGGACUGCCGACCCUCCAGAGACUUCAUCCGAAUCGGACAAAACGCCACACUCCUCAUCCACGAAGCGACCUUUGACGACGAGCUCCAGAGCGACGCGUACGCCAAGAAACACUGCACCACUUCCGAUGCCCUGAACGUGGGCCGAGAAAUGGAUGCCCGACGCAUUCUGUUGACGCAUUUCUCGCAACGAUACCAGAAGAUCCCCGUUAUGGAUAAUGGGGAGCGGGAUCAGGUUGCGAUCGUGGCUUUUGACUAUAUGCGUGUGAAGAUUGGGGAUUUUGCCAAGAUGGAGGCGUUCAAACCGGCGCUUAUGAAGCUUUAUGAGAAUGAGAUUACGUCUCUUGAGGAGAAUGGACAUAAUUAG